AAGUCCCUGUCCUAAGUUCAGACCAUUUCAAAAUUCAAAUUUGAAAAGAGCGAUAGAGAAAUAGAGAAAUGGCAUUAGUGUCCGGAAACAUGAAGGGUUUUUACCGACAGAAAAAAACCAUCGCCACCAAAAAAUCUCCGAUUCUCUCCCCGGCCAUCAUCUCCCUCGGCGGAAAACCCGACCUAGAAGAUGAGCACAAGGAGAGCGAGGUGGUGCUGCGGCAAUUCGACCUGAACAUGGCGUACGGGCCUUGCCUCGGGAUGACGAGGCUCGCACGGUGGGAGCGCGCACAGAGGCUCGACUUGAACCCUCCGCAGGAAAUCGAGAGGCUUUUGAAGAGUGGGAAGGUUCCGACCGAGUCCUUGUGGGAUGGUCGCAUUUAGGAUCCCUUUUGUUUUGUAUGAAAAAGAAAAAAAGAAAAUUAAAUCCUUAUCGCUUAUUGUGUAGUUUUUGGGUUUUGCUUAGGAAAAUCAUCUUCUGGCUGAGUUCCUUGUUAUUAUGUGACUCUAAACCAAGCAUUAUGGAUGCUGGUUUUAGAAAGAAAAAAAAAUGUUGUUUUCUUGCUUCCGGUUGUUAGCUGUUGUUAUAAAUCAUGAUUUGCUCUGUUAACUCACUGGCGUCCAUGCUGUGAUGUGUGUGAAUGUGAGUUAUUCAUAAACUAUGAAUUAAUGCCU